ACAUUGGUUUUGGAUGUCCAAAAGUUGUUUUCGCUUUUUUAACUCGUUCUUAGCAGCCGCUCUUUCCCUUGCCCACCAUUUGAUGAGCAGAAAGGCUCCUUAUGGCUAGGUUUGGAUGUUGCGUGUCUGGGAAGCUCCGUCAAUAGAGGGAAGGUCAUGUGAUGUCACUGGCUAACUGGGCUCCCCCCCACCCCCCAUAGCUUUUUGCACUGCAAGCCGAAAUCCAUCGGCUGAAGAAGGAAGAGCAACAGCAGGAAGAGGAAGCAGCAGCUUUGGUCCAACACAAACUGCCACCUUAUGUUUCCAGUAUGGACCGCCUUGGGGACUCGGAGCUGUGAGUGUGCUUGGAGAGCAUUGGUGUGCAGCCAGAGGCCUGCCUCCCUCUCCCAGUCUCCUCGAGUGGGAUUCCUGUCCUCACUGCUGCCUCAGAGUAAGAAGAGCCCUUCAAGGUUGUCACCUGCCCAAGGCCCCCCUCAGGCUCAGAGUUCAGCCAAGAAAGACUCCUUCAGCAGUCAGGCUACCAAGGGAAAGGACCCAGUGCCUGGGGCCAAGGAUGGGAAGAGCCUUCUGAGCGGGCCAGGGCCAGGAGAAGCAAGCUGGACACACCAGCGACAACGGCGUCUGCAGGACCAUGGCAAGGAGAGGAGGGAGCUGCUCUCUACGUCCUCCUCCCAGUCACAGUGUGCAGAGAAGAAGCCAGAAGGCAGUGGCCCAGAGGCUGAGCCCUGCCUGGAACUCCACAUGGGGCCAGUAGAAGUACUGGCCCGGGUGUCCACAGCAGGUUCUGAGGGAGACCGCCCCGAGCAGCCCUUCAUAGUGCUGAGCCAAGAAGAAUAUGGGGAACACCAUUCAUCCAUCAUGCACUGCAGAGUGGACUGCUCUGGUAGGAGAGUGGCCAGCUUAGACGUAGAUGGAGUCAUCAAGGUGUGGUCCUUCAAUCCCAUCAUGCAGACCAAAGCGUCCUCCAUUUCUAAGUCACCACUGCUCUCCCUAGAGUGGGCCACCAAGCGAGACAGGCUGCUCCUGCUGGGCAGUGGUGUAGGGACGGUGCGUCUUUAUGAUACAGAAGCCAAGAAGAACCUCUGUGAAAUCAACAUCAAUGAUGACAUGCCCAGAAUCCUGUCUCUCGCCUGCAGCCCCAACGGGGCCUCCUUCGUCUGUUCAGCCGCAGCUCCGAGCCUUACCUCCCAGACAGACUCCAUAGCCCUGGAUAUCGGCAGCAAAGGCAUGAACCAGGUUCCUGGCAAGCUGUUGCUGUGGGAUACAAAAACCAUGAAGCAGCAGCUUCAGUUCUCGCUGGACCCAGAGCCCAUUGCCAUCAACUGCACAGCUUUCAACCACAAUGGGAACCUGCUGGUCACAGGGGCAGCUGAUGGAGUCAUCCGGCUCUUCGACAUGCAGCAGCAUGAGUGUGCUAUGAGCUGGAAGGCCCACUGUGGAGAGGUCUACUCUGUGGAAUUCAGCUGUGAUGAGAAUGCUGUGUACAGCAUCGGCGAGGACGGCAAGUUCAUCCAGUGGAACAUCCACAAGAGUGGCCUCAAGGUAUCUGAGUCCAACCUCCCUUCAGAUGCCACUGGCCCCUUUGUCCUGUCUGGCUACAGUGGCUACAAGCAGGUUCAAGUUCCCAGGGGCCGGCUCUUCGCUUUCGACUCUGAGGGCAAUUACAUGCUGACGUGCUCUGCCACAGGGGGCCUCAUCUACAAGCUGGGCAGUGAAGAGAAAGUUCUAGAAAACUGUCUGAGCCUGGGUGGCCACCGUGCCCCCGUGGUCACCGUGGACUGGAGCACCGCCAUGGACUGUGGGACGUGCCUCACAGCCUCUAUGGAUGGCAAGAUCAAGCUCACCACCCUCCUAGCCCAUAAACUCUGAUGUCCAGCCCGGGUGACACGCGGGAAACAGAAUUGUCUCUAGCAGAAGAGAGAUGAGACAGGGGACAGGACAGAGCUCUCGUUCUGUACUGCCAGAGCUGUGGAUCUUCAGGAAAGACCUCCAAGGGGUCUCAGUCAUCCAGACGCAGCUCCUGGAGCAGGGCAUGUGGAGUGGGCUGCUGUACUCCCUAGAGACUGGGACCGGGGACUGUAGUGGAGCACAGGACAGGUGCUGGGCAAGGAGCCACAGUGGUGCACCGUGUUCAGAGGCAUUGACUGUAUUUUGUACAUAAUUGCUUAUUUUUCUUUUUUAAGGGGAAAAAAAUCAGAGCGAGAUAACGCUCUUACAGUCACUUGGUGUCUCUUUCUGGAAUAUGUGAGUCACCUGGGCCUGGUGAUAGUCGUAGCUCCCUGCCUUGGUUAUUGGACUUCAGCUCUCACUAGCCUCAGCCGCCAAGUUUCUGGCAGAGCUGAGUUAGAGUUGAGGUGUAGACCACGGUGCCCUCUUCUGGCCUCAAGCCAAGAUCUGAGCAUCUUCUGCAGAACCUGAAAGCUGUUGACCUUGGUUAAGAGGCUUCUGUGGACAACAGGCCUGAGAGCUGGGCCUCCAGCUCCCGCACCUCAGGGUCUUCUGGCCCCAGAACUCUCAGUGGUGGUUCCCUCAUUCUUCCAGCAUAAAGUCUCUGAGCUUGAAUGAUACCAGCUGCCUGCACCUCUGUCUGUCUCAGCCGGAUCAGCUACGUCUGUACUCCUAUCAUGGCCUGUGCUCUGGUCUUUCAUUUGGGAGGACCACGAGUCCCAUCCCUUGUCAGGCCUAAAUCCUGUUGCUGAGACCAGCCAUGAAAGAGCCAUUAUAGGGUCAGUGGGCGUGGGCCUGGGCCCCAGCCUGGGCCUCCCACAUUUGGCACGGGUGACCUUGUUACCUGCUUACAGCAUGCCACUUCCACGAACAGUGACUGCUUGGAAUAGUCAUUUGAUAGCUUCUUUGGGCUCCAUGCUAGUGGUGGGCUGUGGGGCUGGUUAACUCCCAAGUACAUAGGGAAAAGCAGGAGUGUUGAGGCCUGGGCUUCCUUCUAGGAUCGAAGGAAAAGUAGAAAGUGAUAUAUAGGAAAAACCUAUAUAUCAUAGUUACUAUUUAUUAUUGGUGUGCAUGUGUGUGUUGGGUGGGUGGGGGAGGGGUGGGAUAUGCCACAGAGGUCACAAGACAAGUUGGUGUAGACUCAGUUCUCUCUGUUCAUCUUUAUGUGUAUUUGGGGGAUCAAAUCAGGUGGCCAGGCUGCAUGGCAAGUGGCUUUCCCUGCUCAUGGGUUUUGCCCAUGUCCACACUGACAUGAAGGGGUCAGUCCCUGCCAGUUCUCCACUCCAGCUGACACAGCCUCAUCGUCUGCCCCACCCAGCUUUGUGGUCCUGGCUUCUGUCUGAGUCAAGAGCCCGUGGUUUAACUUUUCCUCUAGUUUUUCUGUCUUACGGCAUGUUCUCUCUCCCCACUGUAUUCCCCACGACUUGUGAAUUGGUGGUUUUAAGGCUCAGAGACAGAAGGACUUCUCCAGAGCCUGUUCGUCCCAGGAAGAACGCAUCCUUCGAAGCACCUGUUUGGAACCUGUGAGGGCCUUAGCAGGGCACACUCCUUUGCUCUCCUUGAGUGAAGGUGACGUGGAACACGACCGUGAAGGCAGGUCACACUGCAGACCUUGAGCCACUCUUCCAGGGGCUGAGAACCUUGCCUGGCAGGUGCAAAUCUGAAUUUCCCCCCCUGUGCUCUGGGCCCUAUCUCUGCUGAGCCCCAAACCCAUGCCCAGGAGCUCAGCAUGAGGCCUGGAAGUACAGUAAUGGUUACAUUUCGGGCUGACUAAAUGAAGCUGACAUUUGUUACUAUAUCCAAUCAAUUUAUCUGCCAAUUUAAAAAUAAUAAAACCCAUGUGGACUCCAGCA